GAAACUGCUCCAUUCCUUUCUCCACAUUGUGCUCAAGUUCCGCACCGCCUUCGUUGCGCCCAAUAUGCGCAUUUUCGACCGCAGCGAGCUUGUCAUGGAUUCCAAUGCGAUUGCUCAUCGCUAUCUCAGGUCCGAUUUUGUUAUCGACGUCGCCGCUGCGCUUCCCCUGCCUCAGCUAUAAAAUCAAGUACCAGGCAACGACUUUCAUUUCCUGUCUUCCCGCCGACAAAUUCCGUCAUCGCCUGCUACUUCUCUCUUAAUUUCAACUAGGUUGGAUUGAUGGUUUUAGAAAUGUUCUACAUUCGAGUUCCUUUCUUCUGUAUUUUUUUCUCUUGGUCCUCUCUAACGUCCCUAAUAUGGGCAUGAAUGAAUAUAACCAGUGACGGUUUGUUUGAUGAUAUGAUCAUAUUUUCAUUCACAAGAUCGUGGUAGUUUUUGUUGCUCCACUUGAUAUACCAUCCGUCUAAAAUUUUACAGGUCAGAGACUCUUGAAAUCGGUUUCCAAGGCAGUUGGAAGUAUGAAUGGAAGGUCAUUAAUGCAUCGUUAGACGUCCAAGGGUUUUCCGGCGAAUUGGUUUCUCCGACAAGUCCUGUAGAUACGUCUCCUUCGUGUGGAAGUAAAAAUGUAAUUAUUUCCCUUUCAUGUCCGUUUUGGACCGGAGCGUAACAGACAAAGACAUGGUUAAGGCACUCAUUAUUUGAUGCAUAUGAGUCCUUAACUACCCUAAUUAUUAUGAGCAAUUCAAGAAAAAGUCCAUAUUUAAUAAGUUUCUUAAUGCAGUUAUUUUGGUUUGCGUUUAUGUUUUAGUAGUAAAUGUCAUCUUUAAUGUGAUUAUUUUUUUUCUAACAUAUAUUUUAGUUCUAAGUGGGCGGAAGCUAGCAAGCUAACGGUGGCUCUUAACCACCAUGGAACGGCUUGGAUUUGGCUGAAAACGACACUAUUACCGGAAACCUCCCGCGGAUGGGAGAGUAAGACUCGUUUAAUUCUAUGGAUUAACAUAAGCGACCCUCCUCUGGAAUCCAACCAUGGCCGAAAACAGUCUACGGUGUGGUACCACAAACGGCGAACUCGCCGAAAAACCUUCACCGUCAGAGAGUAUUGGCAAUUAAUUGCCAGAACAGUUACAAGUCGUUGGCGAGUAAUUGCGAAUUUUCAUUUCUAAAUUUAUUUUUCCUUAAAUGUUUUUUUUAUGUGUAGGUAACGAUUAAUUGGCCUAUUUAUUGUUUAGUUCCUUUUUUAUUGCCAAGAAUUCAUGUCAUUAAUCACAUGUUCUACGAUUUCAAACGAUGAAUUCUUCCUUAGUGCAUCAACUAUGGUUUCUUAUUUCUUUAGAAAUAGUCAAAUAGGGCUAUCAUCUGGCUCAUGGAUCAGUUUGGCCUCAAAUCGAAAACAGAUAGUCGAGAAAGCAUUAAACAUUUAUUCUUCAGAUGCCCCCUAGCCACCAAAUUGUGGACUUUAGUGGGAUUGAGCAACUUUAUUGAGACCGCCCCGACUGUUAACAGUCUAUGGUGGCAACAUGUCAUGGUCUCUAACACCUCCCCAUUCCACAUUCUCCAAUGCGACUGCUUACUUUGGAGAUUCUAGAAGUCUAGAAAUAAAGUGAUUUUUGAACUCUACCAACCUCAUGUCCGUUCCUUAGCAAGACAUUUCUACAACCAGGUCCUUGAUAUCUCAAACACUCUCCUCCCUCCCCAACCCCACAACUCUCUUCCCAAACCAUCCAAGCACCUCAUGGGUCCCGCCGCCAGACGAUUACUUGAAGAUCAAUUUCGACGCUGUUGUUUGUGCCACCGAGUGUUCGUCUGGGCUUGUUGUCCUUGGGUCAGACGGACAUGUGGUGUUGGCAUUCGGGUUACAACAUCAAGGAAUAGUCAACCCUUCCCUGGCAGAGCUCCUAGCCAUUAGAGACACUAUUUCCAUCAUCACCUGAAGAUCUUUGACUCACGUGAUAGUCGAAGGUGAUUCCGAGGUGGUCGUCAAGCAGAUCCGGCAAGGCUUCCUAGAAGACUCGAUUGGUGGUCUGGUGCUACGAGAGUGUCGUCAGAUCCUUAGCUCUUUGUCCGUUUGUAUAGAGUUUAGGGCGGUACCUAGAACUGCCAACAGUGCUGCCCAUAGAGUGGCGCGUAAAACACUGCUUUUGUCUCGUCUAGAGCUAGAAUUUUUCGAUUUUUUUAGGUGACUUUAUUAGAAUAUAUUGCAAGGAAUCCUGGGUAGAUUUGUAUGAAUAACUCUUGUCAUCUAUUGAUAUCACUCCGAAAUAAAAUAAAAUAAAAAACUGCUCCCUUCCCUAUGUAAUUGUUUUCCCGUAUAUCUAAAACAUUUUUUUGCCUACUACCAAGGUUGUCAAACCGGUUUAAGUCAUUGAGCCGGUCAAGCAAGGGGUUUGAGGUUUAAUGGUCUGAUCGGGGUCCGGCCGGUUUGAGCCGUUUUAGACGUUUUCUAAAUAUAUAUACAAAUAAAGUAGUAAUUAAAAAUUUAAUGAGUGAAUAAAAUUUAUCUUACAUAUAUCUAUUAAAAACUUAUUUUCAACAAAAUAAAUCUACCUAACCUCCAUGAUCCACCUACCAUUUCCCUUCCUUCGUUCCUUUUCCUCUCUUCUGCCUCUCUUCUUCUCCCUGUUUAGGGGUCAGACCGGGGGGUUUUCUGGAGGCCGUUUUGAAGCCCGAUUCGAGUUGAACCGGGUCCAACCGGGGGGUUCGAUAGGGGUUUAACAACCUUGCCUACUACACUUACUCGACCCACCAACAGGAACAGAGCUCUCUAUUUAACGCUCGCAUUUCGUUUUCUAUCUUCUGUUCUUUAGCACCUCCCCUUCCUUUCCACAGCUCCUCGGCUUCGUACCUACGCUCUCUCGGGAUCUGAUCUCCAAAUCUAUUUCUCUUUCUCACUCGCUCUGCUCCAAGGUAUAGCCUUCGAAACUCCUUCAUUCUCAUAGUAGCCAGUAGCCACGCUUGGUCUCUCUCGCUGAUGUUCAUUGGAUGGCGACAAUUGUGUGUUUUUCGAGCUUGUCGGUGGUUUAAUUAUGGAAUUGCUGAUCCGGGUUCUGUUUCGUACUGUAUUAACUGAUAUGGGUUUAGAUCUGUGUUGUCUGAUGCUUUGAAAUGUGGAUUCUGGAGUGAUGGCCAAGUGAUUUCUUUCAGAUGGGAAUUGAAAACACAAAGAAGGCGGGAUCUUUGUGGGGUUCUUUCUGUUUGCAUUUCCUGGGCUGUUUGAGUUAUGAUUCUAAUUAAUCAGUUGGCUUCUUUUACAAAGUUUUGCCUUAAAUACUGUACUAUGAUUUUUGCUAGUUAUCUGCUGAUGAGUGUUGUAGUUUCACCACCCUUUGUGAAUUUGUGUUCCCAAGUGCUAUUAGUGAAAAAUUAAUGAGUUGGAUCUGCCAAUUAUGGUACUUCUGAUCUAUUAAUUGGUGGGUAGAUGUGUAUUUUCUGUUUUCUCAAAGUUUUCUCUCCAAUUUUCAGUUUUGUGGUACUUCUUAUAGGCAUAGCUUCAAUCCAAUCUACUGGGAACGGCAGCCUCAGAUUUUUAGUACUUAAGUUGUUGGUAAUAUGUUUGUAUAUUAUUCCUCCUCCUGGCAAUUGAUGAUAGCUUUUCGUUUAUUCUUCUCAGAAAUGGGUCGUGGUGUGAGCAGUGGUGGAGGGCAGAGCUCAUUGGGAUAUCUGUUUGGGAGUGGUGAGUCUCCCAAACCUGCCAAAGCCAGCAGCCCCCCAACCGCAGCCCCUGUUGAGACGGAGACUGUAAACGUUAGGCCAGCUGCUGCCAAGCCUGCUCCCCAGCUGGCAGAUAUCACCAAGCAAAUUCCUGCUGGCAUCAACAGCACUUCCUCAAAUAACUACAUGCGUGCUGAUGGCCAGAACACUGGCAACUUCCUCACGGAUCGACCGUCAACCAAGGUUCAUGCUGCACCGGGCGGCGGGUCUUCUCUGGGUUACCUCUUUGGUAAUGGUGGCGGUGGUAACUGAUAUUUUGUGUUAUCAUCAAUCGAUCGUAAUACAACUAGCGUUUGUUGGUUUGAAUUGGUGAUUGGAGGAAUAUUUGAUGUGUAAGCUUCCAAUGAAGCAAUGUGUUUCAUCUUUUCCAUUAUAUUAUAUAUAUAUAUAACUAAUAGACCAUGGAUUGUGUCCUGUAAUGUAUAUUCAAAGUCAAAUACUGUUUCGGAAAUGUCCAAUCAAGAAGGCAAGAACGGAUCAUCCCUUUUAGUCACAAUAUGAAUCCUCAUCAUCUACUGUGGAUGGCUGUUGCUUCCCUCUACUGUUCUCUCACGAUUAUUGUUCCUUGAAUUGCUGCAAUUCAUAAGCAGCACUGCAGCAGUGUGUUGAUGACUUGAUGUCACUGAGAUGGGGAAAUAAUGAAAAUGCCUCUCUUGGAUCCCUUUUAAAAUAAAUGGACCUAGAUUGA